AUGGAGUCUGCCGUUCGUUAUUCCGCCGCCAGAAUGCUUUCCCUCUCCACCGCCAACCUCCGUGCUCGCAGCCGCGCCUUCAGCAUCCUCACCGUCCCUUCACCAUUUAGCCGUAAUAUCACUUGCCUCCCCAAAUUUCCCACCAAAUUGCAUUGUCACCCCAGGCUCCGAUUGUCCGCCUCCAUAACCGCCAAGCCUUCAUCGGAGUUGCAGAAGAAACGCGGAAGCUCCGAGCCUGACGAAAAGCUAGUCGCCCUCCGUGAGCUCUUUUCCAGGCCCAACAUCAACAUCGAUGCCUAUAUCAUUCCUUCUCAGGACGCUCAUCAGAGCGAGUUCAUUGCUGACUGUUAUGCAAGGAGAGCAUACAUAUCAGGUUUUACUGGCAGUGCUGGCACCGCUGUUGUCACAAAAAAUAAAGCAGCUCUUUGGACAGAUGGAAGAUACUUCCUCCAGGCCGAGCAGCAGUUAAACUCAAGCUGGAUUCUCAUGAGAGCUGGUAAUCUUGGAGUACCCUCAACAAGUGAGUGGCUUAAUGGUGUCAUGGCACCCGGCAGCAGAAUUGGCAUAGACCCUUUCUUGUUUUCUUCGGAUGCUGCCGAAAAAUUGAAAGAGGCCAUAUCUACAAAGAACCACGAGUUAGUCUACUUGUAUGAUGUCAAUCUCGUGGAUGAGAUAUGGAAGGACUCCCGACCAAAGCAUCCAAAUAGUCAUAUUAGACUACAUGACCUGAAAUAUGCUGGUGUAGACGUGUCAUCCAAGCUGAGUUCAUUGAGAUCUGAACUGGCUAAUGCUGGUUCAUCUGCAAUUGUUAUCACAAUGCUGGAUGAGAUAGCAUGGCUGUUGAACUUGAGAGGUAGCGACGUGCCACAUUCACCAGUCAUGUACGCUUAUUUGGUCGUGGAGAUUGAUGGAGCAAAACUAUUCAUAGAUGACGUCAAAGUCAAGCCGGAUGUUAUGCACUAUUUGGAAGCUGCUGGAAUAGAGUUGAGGCCGUAUGAUUCUAUUCUUUCCCAUAUUGGAAGUUUGGCUGCAAAAGGUGCCUGUCUUUGGUUGGACACAUCAUCCGUUAGUGCUGCUAUAGUAAAUACUUAUAAAUCGGCCUGUGAAAAGCACUUUGGCACUGCUGGAACUGUCGAUCAAAGUAAGGAGACAUUGUCAGCUAGUCAUGAUGGCCAUUCUUGUGGACCCACUGCUAUCUGUAAGAGCUCGCCUAUUUCUCUGGCCAAAGCUGUGAAAAAUGAAGCUGAAUUGCAAGGAAUGUGUGAUUCUCAUCUAAGAGAUGCAGCAGCUCUAGCUCAAUUCUGGGUAUGGCUAGAGGAGGAAAUCAGCAGGGGUGUUAUUUUGACAGAAGUAGAUGUUGCGGACAAACUUCUUGAAUUCCGUUCUAGGCAAGAUGGUUUUUUGGACACAAGUUUUGAUACUAUAAGUGGUUCUGGUGCAAAUGGUGCUAUCAUACACUACAGAGCGGACCCUAGCAAUUGCAGCAUAGUGGAUGCUGAGAAAUUGUUUCUAUUGGACAGUGGAGCACAAUAUAUUGAUGGAACUACCGACAUUACUCGAACUGUACAUUUUGGUCAACCUUCUUCAUGGCAAAAAGAAUGUUUUACCAGAGUGCUUCAGGGUCAUAUUGCACUUGAUCAGGCUGUUUUUCCAGAAAAUUACCCAGGAUUUGUAUUAGAUGCCUUUGCAAGAUCAUCACUGUGGAAGAUCGGUCUUGAUUACCGUCAUGGUACUGGUCAUGGUGUAGGAGCUGCACUGAAUGUUCAUGAAGGCCCUCAAAGUAUAAGCUUCCGGUUUAGCAACAUGACUCCAUUACUGAAAGGCAUGGUUGUCAGUAAUGAACCAGGAUACUAUGAAGAUCAUGCAUUUGGCAUUAGGAUCGAAAAUCUUCUUUACGUGAAAGAGAUUAAUACACCAAAUCGCUUUGGAGGAGUGGAUUACCUGGGAUUUGAAAAGCUUACGUUUGUUCCUAUUCAGGAGCACUAUGAAUUGCCAGAUAAAGAGAAAUUGAGAAAGAGAGUGUUUUCACGUGCUGGGGAUGGUUGGAGGGCUUUCAAAACUAAGCUCAGUAGAGAAUACAUAUUUGGAGAAAAGAUUGGUUUGCUCCCGUAUGACGAUGGUUACCCUUUUCUGGAUGCAGACACUUGGAAGGCUUUUGUUGCAUCCCGUCAAACUCCUGAAUUCUUGUACCUGGAUCCCACCGGAGCAUCCAAAAAGAGGCGAGCUUCCGGCACUUUUGAAGGCCAAAGGGACGAUCCGAUCCAGCCGCCUCCUGGACAACCCGCUCGCCCAGUUCCGUCCAGUGUAAGCUUUCAAGACCUGCUGACUAAGAACCGACCGCAUGUGACAUUAGCCCCGUUGGCCGAAGGGGAGCCGGCGACUGAUAGCAUCACGAUUGUCAUGAACGGUCGGUCUGGAAAAAUACUCUUCUCCGAUCCUUCUUGGGACUCGUUAUUGCACGAGUGGAAACAUGUCGUGGUGGACGGCCGAUGCUCUGCCAAACAAGAAUCCCGGCGAAGGCGAGUCGCAAUCGCAGCCCCCUCAAACAGGACCGGGACCGUGGAUGGUAGCACAAAAGAGAACACGACAAUACACCAAGCCACCGCGCCCGCGUGA